AUUUGAAGAAGAAUACCUUCAUCCUAAUAUGCUUUCACAACAGCGAUUUUGCUAGUUCGGGCUAUACUCUUCCGUUUCCGUUGGUGUUUUUGUGUGCGGCGCGCGUUUGCGUUUUUGUGAGUGUUUGUGUUAUACGCCAAAUUGCCUCAGAGUUUGCCUGUUGGCCUUUAUGCCCAGAGGCCAGAGACGCAACUUUAGCUACGAGCACAACAAACAAAUAACAUAAGAUUAUUAUUAUAUUUUGUUUUUUGCCACAACGAAAACAAAAGGCUAAACAUAGCAGCCAUGGAUCUACGUUUCAUAUUCAUCCUAUUUUUAUUAAAAUGGAAUUAUACACAAGGUUCCCAUCCGCCACGAAUAGUGGAACAUCCAAUUGACACAACAGUACCGCGACACGAACCAGCGACUCUUAAUUGCAAAGCGGAAGGUUCGCCCAUACCCACAAUUCAAUGGUACAAAGAUGGAGUAGCAUUGAAAAUUCUGCCCGGCUCACAUCGGAUUACACUCCCGGCUGGUGGAUUAUUUUUUCUCAAGGUGGUGAAUUCACGCCGCGAAACGGAUGCGGGAGUGUACUGGUGUGAAGCCAAGAAUGAAUUGGGUGUUGCUCGUUCACGCAAUGCGACUUUACAAGUGGCUGUUUUGCGUGAUGAAUUUCGCAUUGAACCACAAAAUACCCGCAUAGCUCAAGGUGAUACCGCUCUGCUGGAAUGUGCCGCACCAAGAGGCGUUCCAGAUCCCGUGGUCCUGUGGAAAAAAGGUGGCAACAUUCUCGAUAUGGAAUCAACGAAGCGUAUACGCAUUGUGGAUGGUGGCAACUUAGCUAUUCAGGAUGCACGUCAAAGUGAUGAGGGUCAAUAUCAGUGUAUUGCAAAAAAUCCUGUUGGUAUCAGAGAAUCUGCGAUAGCCACUUUGAAAGUUCAUGUAAAACCAUUUAUAAUACGAGGCCCUCAUGAUCAAACGGUUUUGGAAGGUUCAUCAGUGACAUUCCCAUGUCGCGUUGGCGGUGAUCCAAUGCCUGAUGUUUUAUGGCUGCGCACAGCUUCGGGCGGCAAUAUGCCAUUAGAUCGUGUUAGUGUUUUAGAGGACCGCAGUUUGCGUCUGGAACGUGUCACUGUGGCCGAUGAGGGUGAAUACAGCUGUGAGGCAGACAAUGUUGUUGGAGCAAUUUCCGCCAUGGGCACUUUAACGGUGUAUGCUCCUCCCAAAUUCUUGCAACGUCCCACUAGUAAAUCUGUAGAACUGGGUGCCGAUACUUCAUUUGAAUGUCGUGCUUCUGGUAAUCCCCGUCCCACUAUCUUUUGGACCAUUAAAAACAAUAGAACCAUCAUUUUUCCUGGAGCCCCACCACUAGAUCGCUUCCAAUCCAUUAAUACCGAAGAGGGCCACUCCAUACUUACACUUACCAAAUUCCAACGCAGUGACAAGGACUUGGUGAUUGUCUGCAAUGCCAUGAAUGAAGUGGCCACCAUAACCACAAGGGCACAAUUAACUCUCGACUCGCAGGAGGACAGACCGCCACCUAUCAUCAUAAUGGGACCAGUCAAUCAAACACUGCCUGUCAAAAGUCUGGCCACGUUGCACUGCAAAGCAAUUGGUCUGCCCAAUCCCACCAUAUCGUGGUAUCGUGACGGCAUACCUGUCCAUCCAACGGCAAAAGUUAAUUUGACCACAGCUGGUGAUUUAAUAAUUUCCGAUUUGGAUAGGCAGCAGGAUCAGGGCCUGUACACAUGUGUGGCCAGCAGCCGCACAGGCAAGAGUACAUGGAGCGGCUUCCUGCGCAUUGAAGUGCCUACAAAUCCCAACAUAAAAUUCUAUCGUGCCCCCGAACAGAGCAAGUGCCCCUCAGCGCCCGGUCAACCCAAAAUACUUAAUGCCAGUGCGGAGGCAUUGACUAUCGUCUGGCCAACAAGUGAUAAGCCAGGAGCAUCGCCUCUGUUGGGCUAUUCGGUGGAGAUGUAUUCGACGAAUAAGAGUAAAACCUGGAUACCCAUUGCCUCACGCCUGAUUGAACCUAUUUUCACAGUUGACGGAUUGACAAAUGGAGCAGCGUACAUGUUUAUUGUGAGAGCCGAGAAUGCCUUGGGGUUUUCGCCACCCUCGCCCAUCUCCGAUCCCAUUACGGCCGGCCAACUCAUCUCGAGGGGUGGCCAUCGGGGGGCUGGGGGCAGUGGUGGCACCAACGAGGACCUUAUGUUCGCUGAAGUGGAAACUUUGUUGCAAACCAACGAUGUCGUUGAAUUACUUGAGGCCAAUGCCUCCGACUCGACAAGUGUCCGUUUGGCCUGGGACAUCGAUAGCGGCCAAUAUAUUGAGGGCUUUUACAUCUAUGCGCGAGAACUACAUUCGGCCGAAUAUAAAAUGAUGACUGUACUGAAUGCUGGCAAUGGGGCAAGUUCUUGCACCGUAAAUGGCCUGGCCAAAGCUAGCAAGUAUGAGUUUUUUCUUGUGCCAUUUUACAAGAGCGUCAUAGGAAAGCCAUCAAAUUCAAAGCAUUGCACAACCAUGGAGGAUGUUCCCGAAACGCCACCGCAUGGCAUGGAGGCCAUACAAUUCAAUCGCACUUCGGUCUUUUUGAAAUGGCAGCCACCAUAUCCCAACAAGACACGUAAUGGCAUCCUCACCAACUACAAUGUGAUUGUGAAAGGACUCGAUGGUCACAAUACAACGCGCAUCUAUAAAAAUAUGACAAUUGAUGCCAGCUCUCCAACACUGCUGCUGGCCAAUCUCACCACAGGUGUUACCUAUUACAUUGCCGUGGCAGCCGCAACUCGAGUGGGUGUGGGUCCAUUCAGCAAACCAGCCGUGCUGCGUAUGGAUCCGAGAACACAAUCAUUGGAUACUGGCUAUACAAGGUAUCCCAUCAAUCGUGAUAUUGCCGAUGAUUUUUUAACGCAGACGUGGUUUAUCGUUUUACUGGGCUCCAUAAUCGCUAUUAUAGUUUUUCUAUUUGGUGCAUUGGUGUUAUUUAAACGAUAUCAGUUCAUCAAACAAACAUCGUUGGGGAGUUUACAUGGAAAUCACGCAAUCGGUGCCGUUCGCAAAUUCCCCACAUUGCCAUUGAAUGCGAACGGUGUUUGGAUCGACCCCACGGGGGGCGUUUGGCGUCAGGCCAACUCAACCUCAUCUUGUACAACGAAGGAACAACUGCCGGAUUACGCACAAGUCACGGGACAGGCAUCGUCAACCACCCAAGCCCAUCAUGGCCAUCAACACAAUCAGACCAACAUGCCAUUGCCGGAUUAUGAAAGACUAACGCCACUUAAUAUGCCCGAUUAUGCUGAAGUUGCAUGCUCAACAUUCAAAACUCCGAAUGGCGGAAGUGCUCAUGCAACCCUGAUGCAGCAACAGCAGCAUACGCCCAGCAAAGGAUAUCCACAAAAACAACAGCAGCAGCAGCAGCAACUACAACAAAAGCAACUACAACAGCAGCAGCAACAACAACAAUCCUUAUAUGAUAGCUGUGGUGCAUAUGCCACUACCAAUCUUGUGGCAAAUGCGAAAUUAUAUCAAAAUCGAGGAGGAAAUGGAAAUAAUGCCACGGCAACAUCCACCAUUAAAUCCAGCCAAGGCGCAUUGAAUGCGGGCUCGACACUGGGUGUGGGAGCAGCAGGUGAUUUCUUGGAUGGCCUGCGAGGCGGAAAUGAGCAAAAAUUAACAUCCUCAUCGACAAUGCGUUCGAACAACAACGAUGAUUAUCGCUCAACCAUGGGCAGUAUUUCAUCUGGGCUGUAUUCGGCACCGCCCAGCAAUCAUUACUCAGUGGGCAUUGGCGGUGGCAAUGGCAUUGUUGGCAACAUGAUGGCUAUGGAUAACAAUGCCUUUGGCAACAAUCUGUUGGCAUUGCCAGAUAAAAUGACAGCCAGCACAGCAUCCACGGCCAUAUUGACAGCAUCACCAUCGAAAUCUUCACAGAAAAAGGCAUCCUCCUCCUCCUACUCGACCUCCGCAAAUGGGGCACCAGCACCAGCAUCAUCGUCAUCAUCCUCUUCACAAGGCAAUGGUAGUGGCAUGGCUAAUAAAAUCAACAUUACCGAGAAUCGUUUUGAUUUGAUGAACAAUGAGCCGCUGCAACCGACACGCUUAAAUCCUUUCAACUCCAACAGCAUGCAAUCACAAAGUCAACGCCAACAACAACAACAACAGCAGCAGCAGCAACAACAACUUCAACAGCAACAAUUGCUGGUGGCCAGCAAUGCUUUGAAACAAGGCCUGGGCGCCUAUGCCAACACCACACUGGCCACACAAAUGAUCAAUGGCGGGGGAGCCGGCACACUGCGUCGCCCCCGCAAUCCCAAAAUGUUCAAGAGCGAGAAUAACAUCAACUUUGGCAGUCUCUACAAGAACAGCCCCUCGCAACCAACGGUGGGCAACAGCAGCAAUCACCAUCAUACGUCCGGCAACGGCAGCAAUGCCACCGGUUCUCAUUUGGAUUUCCUAACCAACAGCCAGACAGAUCAUUUCAAUGACAGUGACUUUUCAUUGAUAAGUAAUUCCACCAAUCAGUUGCUCAACGAUUGGGCCUCCAAUUCGUCAAUAGCGGCCAGUGACUAUCACUUUGGCAGUAAGCAGCCCAGCAAACAGCAUUUGUAUAUAAAAUCCAAAGACGGUACCUGGUCGGCGGUGUCGUCGGAUGCUUAUCAGGCAUUUAGGCAGCAGCAGCAGCAACAACAACAGUUGCACCAACAGCCUCCGCCCUCAUAUGCGCAUGCAGCAGGUGACAAACUCUUGCAACCCUCACCCAGCCAUAACAAUAGGUCCUCCUCCUCCCCUACAGCACCACCAUCCUCCAGCAACACUAACAGCAAUACUGCGGCGAAGGCCCCCUCUCCCUCCAGAAAUCAAACGAAUAGUUGUAAUCAGAAUGCCAGUAUCAUCAACCUUGGCAGCAGUAGUAGUCCCAAUGCCACCACAACCACCGCUAGCGAUAACUUAACAAAUAAUCAUACAAAUAAAUAUUUUAGUAGUUUUGGUCCUUCGGCCAAUGUGUAAGCUAGCCCCUAUCCCCUCCCCCCCCCAUUAAGCCCAAACACACACCGGAAUACAUAUAGGCCCAACACUAGAGUAAAGUAAACGUAACGUAGCGUAACGUAACAUAGCGUAACGUAGCGUAACGUGACGUAACGUAACGCAACCAAAUAUAGCUAAGUCAAGGUUAUCCAACCAAGCAAAACGGAAUUAAGCCAAUCCAAUAAACUUGCAAAUAUUCCUCCACCUCCCACAUACCGCAUCCACCAGUAAAUUAAAGUUAAAAAUUAAUAAAAAAAUAAAAACAAAUACCCCCCUAUAAGUAAAAGUUAUAGUAACGAAUCGCUAAAACACUAUGUACAGUAUAAUUGUGAUCUUUUGAAGUUAUAACAAGAAAAUAAAAGCAAAUGAAAAUAUCGAUUGCCGAAUAUACCAAGAAGAAGAAGAAUUUUCUUUUUUUUUAUAAACUAAUGCUCAUCCGUUAAAACGAAUUGAAGACCCCUAAGAAAUAGUAAGGGCAAGCCAGUUAGAUGCGAUUAGAAAAUGAUGUAAUAAUAUUGUAUAGAAAUAUUUAAGGACUUUUUAGAAUUCAAGCCAGAUAAUUGAAUUAAAAAAACAAAAUAAAAAACCAACAACUAAAAACCGAAAAACAAAAACAAAUACCGAGUAACACCAUAAGCUGCAUCAAUAAAGUGGCCGGAGGUGCAAUAAAUUGAAUGAACAGGAAUAAAAA